GGGCGAGGGUGGCGGCGGUGGCGGCCGUUCCGUGAUCAGCCCUGGUGGGGGUGGAGGAGGAGGUGGAGGUCGGCGGGCACCGAGUCUACGGCUGGUGAACGGAAGAGCGACUACGGGGGUCAGUUUGCACACCAGCAGCACAGAAUCCGUUCGUUCACCCCAUCACCACCUCGGCCAGCAACAGGGCGGCAAUAAUAACAAUAACAACAACAACAACAACAACAACCAUAACAACAACAAUAACUGCCACGCCGGUAAUAACCCCGCCGCGAACAAUCAUCCACGGCUUAACAAAGAUGACAGCAUCAAGAUCAGCAUCGAGAACACAAACACUUGCACGGACAGCCUCGUCACUGCUCUAGACGACGAGACAUUGCUCAUCACCGAUUUCGUGGCCGACACAGGCAACGAGAUGAAUUACAAGGGCAGCGGGAAGGUCCACUUCGGAGUGGACGAUGUGUCCCUCUACGGGACGCCGAAGGAGGAGCCGGGCCCGGGUCUACCGGGCCAGGAAGUCAAGCAGAGUUUCUUGAAGAAUCAGCUUCAGGCCCUGUUCCAACCUACGGACAACAAGCUGGCCAUGAAGUUGUUCGGCAGCAAAAAGGCUCUGAUGAAGGAACGAAUCAGGCAAAAGGCUGCAGGUCACUGGGUCAUCCAUCCUUGUUCCAGUUUUCGAUUCUACUGGGAUCUCUGCAUGCUCCUCCUGCUGGUAGCUAAUCUGAUAAUUCUGCCAGUCGCCAUUAGUUUUUUCAAUGACGACCUAAGCACUAGGUGGAUAGCCUUCAACUGCCUUUCUGAUACGAUAUUCCUCAUAGACAUUGUUGUCAACUUCAGGACAGGUAUAAUGCAACAGGAUAAUGCCGAACAAGUGAUCCUGGACCCAAAAUUAAUCGCAAAACACUACCUCAGGACUUGGUUCUUUCUCGACCUCAUUUCCUCCAUACCAUUAGACUACAUUUUCCUCAUAUUUAAUCAAUUUCAGGACUUUAGCGAGUCCUUCCAGAUCCUGCAUGCUGGCCGUGCUCUCAGGAUCCUCAGGCUUGCGAAAUUGUUGUCGCUCGUUAGGUUACUACGGUUGUCAAGACUGGUGCGGUAUGUCUCGCAAUGGGAAGAGGUCUAUAUAUUGCAGAACCUACAAAAAAAACGCACUGAGCGGAGGGGGCGCCUAAGCUCUGACAAUAUGAGUAAAAAGAAGUCCGGUUUCAGCAAAAGCGACCUUAUUUUUAAGUUCCUGAAUAUGGCGUCGGUGUUCAUGCGGAUUUUUAACCUGAUUUGCAUGAUGCUCCUAAUCGGCCACUGGAGUGGCUGCCUGCAAUUCCUGGUCCCAAUGCUCCAAGGGUUUCCUAGUAACUCGUGGGUCGCCAUCAAUGAAUUACAAGACUCGUUUUGGCUGGAACAAUACUCGUGGGCACUUUUCAAAGCCAUGUCGCACAUGCUCUGCAUAGGAUACGGAAGGUUUCCACCGCAAUCCUUGACCGAUAUGUGGCUCACUAUGCUCAGUAUGAUCAGCGGUGCUACCUGUUAUGCACUUUUCCUCGGACACGCGACGAAUCUCAUACAGUCACUCGAUUCCUCCAGAAGACAAUAUCGCGAGAAGGUGAAACAAGUAGAGGAAUACAUGGCCUAUCGAAAGUUACCAAGAGAGAUGAGACAGAGGAUCACGGAGUACUUCGAGCACCGCUACCAGGGAAAAUUCUUCGACGAGGAAUUGAUCCUUGGAGAGCUCUCGGAGAAAUUAAGAGAAGACGUGAUCAACUACAACUGCAGAUCGUUAGUCGCGUCCGUACCAUUCUUUGCCAAUGCCGAUUCCAACUUUGUCUCGGAUGUCGUUACCAAAUUGAGAUACGAAGUCUUCCAGCCAGGUGAUAUCAUCAUCAAGGAGGGUACAAUCGGGUCUAAAAUGUACUUCAUACAAGAAGGCAUAGUCGAUAUCGUAAUGGCAAACGGCGAGGUCGCGACCUCGUUGUCCGAUGGCUCGUACUUCGGCGAGAUCUGCUUGUUAACGAACGCGAGGAGGGUUGCCUCGGUCCGCGCCGAGACGUACUGCAAUCUCUUCAGCCUCUCGGUGGAUCAUUUUAACGCCGUGCUGGACCAGUAUCCGUUAAUGCGCAGAACGAUGGAAAGCGUUGCCGCCGAGAGGUAUAAGCUUUGGUUAAACAAAAUCGGCAAAAAUCCAAAUCUGGUGGCUCAUCGAGAGGAGGAUCUCGGCAGCGAGUCGAAAACGAUAAACGCUGUGGUGAAUGCGCUCGCGGAACAAGCUGCGCAUGCUAGCGCCAGUGAGGAAUCGGUACACAGCAUGGAGCUGAGGACCCUCCCUUGCCUGUUGCCCAGACCAAAGUCUGAAAACAAUUUUGCGAGUCAGGAGCUCUCUCGAGAGGGACGACGAAUCUUCCACAAGAGUGACACUUUCCACAAGGAUUCGUAUCAAUGACGACACUCGUUAUACUAGCAUACAGAGAGAUACUAACGGCUCCAUGAGCGACAAUGGCUGCGUCCACUGUCGAUCGAAUCAUUGGCGGCAGUUUUAAGCCUAGAUCCUGGACGCUACACUAGAAGCAGUCUAUACAUAGAUAUUCGCUAUGCCAGUAGUCCUCUAGCGAUCGAUUUCUAGCGCCUUCUUAUAUUAACCUGACGGCACGUUCCAGUUGUCCAGGAUCUAUGCCUAAAAUCGUGCGGACCAAAAAAUAUAUAUCAACGUUCUCCAACGAUGGCACAGCAUACGAUAAAUGUAAUAAAAUCUUCGUUUCGGCGUAAUCUUGUUUUUUCUCAUCCGUGAGACGUUCAACCUUGACAGCAAUAAACGAAGCAACCGACAAACGAAGAAGAGAAACAUUAUCGAGGAGGAAUAAUAUGAUCGAAAUAAAUUCAUAAAUUCUCAUAAGCUUGUGGAAUGUGUCGAAAGUUCGAUAAGGGAAGAGGAAGAAAAUAAGAGAAGAAAUAGAUUUCGCUGUGACAUCGAAUGGAGAACAGGGAGCCGUUAUUCCUGCCACGAGUCUUCUUCAUCGACAUAGGCGUCGAGAUUAUGGCGAAGAAAAAAACGACGACCGAGGAUGAAGAUCUCAAACGACGAAGAGCAGGCCUAGAAAUUUAUAAAAUGUACGUAGCCCAUCGUGGACUAAAUAGGAUAUCUUAAAACGACAGUGUUAAGCGAUGCGUAAUUUCUCUGUGAUUUUGCAAAAAGCCGUACGUCUCGCAUUUUAAAGAGAAGAAAAACAAGGGAAAGAGAGCAUAAUCUAUAUACGAUAUUAAGAUUUUGUUUUUGGUUUUUUUUUUUUUUAAGACAAUUAAUCGAUAUUAACAGAGGAGGAGAAGGAAGAAACUCGUGAAACGAGGGAUAUUCCAAUUAUAAGUUUGUUAACGUGUUUUAACUUUAGCUUCGUAUCGUUGAAUAAUCCUGUGCGAAUAGUCGAAUGAAGGGAGGAAGAAUAAAAGAGAAGAACUUGCGAUAUCCCGAAAGUUGGCAAUCGAAAGAAAUAAAUAAAAAGAUAAGAAGAUAAAAAGAGAAGAAGAGAAAAGAAGAAGAAAGAAAAUGUUUCGUUUACCUAACCUAAGAUCCUCGAGAUCGAUGGAACACGCCAGCAGCAAUUCGGAACUCGUUUUCUUCGAGUUUAUGAUAUAUCUUCGAUAAAUAUCGUUUUAUUUUAUUGAAACAAAAAAAAAACUACAAAAUAAAAUGUCUCAUGAAUUUAUUCGAUAAGAAAAUAAUGGAUAAACAAUAUCGAAUUGAUUUAUAUUCAAAUCGAAGUUUUAAAAGACCGUCCUGAGACGUAAACGAAAGAAAGAGAAAGAAAAAGAAUUCAACGCCACAGGAACGGAGAAAUAUAAAAGAUAUACGAAGAACCUUUUAGGGAUAGGAAAUAAAAGGAAUCGGAAGAAGUUUAAAUCGUUCUACAAACAAACAAACAAAUAAAAAAAAAAAAAAAAGAAAAUUAAUAU